CAGGCGCAAAGCCCUUGCAGAGACUUCCUCAAACCCUCAAAUUAUUCAGGGUCUGUCCCGAGUCUGUAAAUUGACAAGAUGGGCGGACGUUCUGAUGAGAACACUCACAGAGGUCGCCGUGAAAACCCGUUUUGCCAAGGGCGAAGACUUCCUUCGCAGGAACGACUGAGGCAGAAAACUCUGGCGAGUUUCCAGGGUCCUCUCGCUGUUAUUGAGGGAAAUGCUGACUCUAGAAAAACUGUGCGAGACGGAGCAAAGCAAUUUUGCCCGGCGCGCGAAACGUUCGUUCUCGACAACAGAGAAAACUGCGGAGCAAUGCAAAGCCCCUGAAGGCAGCCGCUGAAGCAGGCUGAAUUACCCUCUAGAAUUCUGAAGCUGAGAGGAAGCAGAGACGUUUUGGGGAAGCAAUCCUUGGCGCCAUGUCAAAGUUCUGGCGCCCCAGCUCACCAUAAGCCACUGAGACUUGUGGCCCGUCCCAUAGGCUAUGAAAGAAGUGAAAAGGUCUUCGGCGUUUACGAGAACCCCUGCAUUGGACAAAAGAGGGUCUAAGGACUUCCAGGAAGACGGAACAAAGAAACUGAAGCAAUCGUUGUCGCCGCUCUUCGCGUCAUUUGCGGAUUCGUACGAGAACUGGGGGUCGAUUCGUCCAGAGCCGCUCGAAACAGCCUGCGGAGUUUCACGGUGCAGCACCCCUCGAUUGCAACAAACUGUCUUGACGGCUCAAAUGUUGACCGAAGCAGACCACACUUCAGCGUCUGAUCUGGGCUCCCCAGCGGAUUCCCCCGGGCUGCGAAGGACCGGAACCGGAAGACACCCCGAGUCCCAAAGCACUCCCCCUAAAACUUCCGAAGCGCCCGCAGACCUGGCGGUACGUACCGUGGACCUCCCGUUGUAUGGGACCUGGAAGCCGGCGGUUUCAGGGGGGGCGGUCGGGAAGAGAGUUGCCAUGGCGAAGAAGAGUUGCUUAGGCGGGGCCAGCGCCUCCGCAAAAAAUCCGGCAGUCUAUUCCCGACCCAAAACGGCGCCGGAUGUGAGAAAGCGAAAACCGUUGCGGUCGGCAGAGCUUCCCCUCGGCGAGGGAAGCGAGCUACGAACGGCGUUCCAUGAGUCGGGGGGAUCACAAACCGGGGAGCCCUGCUCGAAACGCCGCCAUGGGGGGUUCGUUCCAGACGGCGAUCCUACCCCCCAGAGAGACAGUUACUUCUCCGAGAGCGGCUUGGUUGACGCGCCGCCGUUGCUGCAGCCGUUCCUUUCACUGCCACGUGGCUGGUCGCCGGGCUCUUUGGUCGCCGCAGAUGUGCCCAGAACGAACGGAACGAACGGAACGAACGGUUCGAAGGCUCCUGAAGUCUGGUGUCUGCAGAAACCGGAGGGGAGGAGAUCGGUGGAAAGCACCGGGCGAUCCGACGGGCCGCUUGGUGGUCGGAAGGUCGGUUUGGGUCUGGGUGAGCAGGAGGUUAAACGGGAAACCCCGUUUCAAAACAGCUGGCCCGUCGAUUUGCAGUUCCGCCCAGGAGGGGACUACUUGGUUCUGGGGGAACGCUCAGCCGGGUCAACCGUCGCGGUUAGCUGGGUAAACGCGCCUCACAAAACGGGGUUUUGCGAAGCUAACCCCCUGGCAAAGGACGUGGUUAACAACGCAAACCGGGGACUUCGUGGCGCGAAUGCUGGCGCUGGCUAUACAAACGAUGGGUUUGAUGACUUAAGGGAAAGGGCUGACGACCUGACCGCCUCGAUAACCGCGCUCUUAACCGACCACAUGCGCGCGCUUCUCGACGCCCAGGAAGCGCAGCUCGGACCGGCUGGAACGGAGUGCCCGGUAGAGUUAACCCCGGGUCAGGUCGCCAAGAUUCUCAACCAGCAGGAGCAGAUGAGGGCCGCGCUAGCGUAUUUCAAAACCUUAACCGGCCCAAAACCCACCGGGUUAAGCCCGUCGGCGGGGGGGGCCUUCUUCCCCGGAAAGCCCUCUCUCAGCGGAACCCAGUCCUACGCCUCAGAAACGGCUUGUCGGGUAGUGCCGGUCGGGGAGACACAGAGCGGGUUAGAAAACCGGGUUACCAGGCCGGUAAACGGGUUUGGUGGCGAAUUGUCGUCUGCUUACGAGGAAACGGAGCGAGCGUUAGGUUUGGCAGAAAAAGAGAACGGACGAGAGAAAUGGGCGCAGGACCCACGUUUCGUUCCGCUCGCGAGCGGGACUCCGCUAGAGGCGCUGGCGGAACCAGCGGAGCACACUUGGCAGCUGGACGGGACCUGUUUCGGGGGCGAGUGGAGCGCACAGGGGCACGUGGCAGCCCCCCUGUGGGGCUCUCCUUUUGCUGAGCAGAUUGGACUGGGGAGCCUCUUUUGACGCGUUACGUACGGGCUCGAUCAGUUUCCGAAACUGAUUCGGCAAGAGUUGAGCAGAAUUUGAAGGAGACGGGCAAGACCCUAGGUCGCUGAGAUUACUUCGCGAAAGCGAGGUCCAUCUCUGGUUCCGAACGAUUUUAGCGUUCAGCAAAGCGCCCGGCAGUGGGUUUGGGGCGAGUCGCUAGACACUAUCUUAUUAGGUCUCUAGUCUGAGAUACUGUGAUCAGCAAAAGUGGAGAGUCCGGGGGUGCAAAAACAUUCCGUUCGCCAAAUGCAGAUACGGAAACAGGGCGUGUGACACGAAAGGAGAGUAUUUGAGUUGCGCAGCCGGUGAUUGCCUGUAGAGGGCGGCAUUCUCUAUAUGGUUUGGCCCAUAUGCCGUGGACUUCCGCAAGUGGUUAUUACUUUGAGAGUUUUGAGUUCUUACUCAGAUACUGGCACCCACUGAGUUAGGAGCUUCAGCUCAAGGGUUAUAAGGUAUUAGUUUAUAUUAACGUAUAGGGAGUCGCGUCACUCCAGAGUCAUCACCACUUUGGACGUCGCCAAUUGUCAAAAGUCAAGAUUACGGGACAGGCAUACUUCGACGAUUUGGGUGCAGUCAGUUUGUCGAGAUAGUAGUUCGGUGAUCAACCGAGUUGUAGUCCUCAGCAGACAAUCGUGAAGCGACAGUCAAAAAUCCUUCGUACGUAGUGGAUCACAGAUAAAAAUCUUAUGAUAUUUAAGGCGGAAUAUAGGCUGAGACUUAGAGAAGUUCUAGGAUUGUCGUCUGAGUUUCUUGAGUCGUGUAUGUUACGUACCCACGUUCCAACGUUUAGGCCCUGAAGUCGACUGUAGCCUCGC